AAAAAAAAAAAAAAAAAUCGACAUUCGUACAAAUUCCUGAGAUUCCACCAAAGAAAAAUGUUCAUGGCGACACAGCGCUUCAUCGGUAGUUAAUCAAAGCAUAUAAAACGUAGAUGCACUUUACUCCCCAUUUCCUUAUUCGCGUGAUCACGGGCAGGCUUCCCCAUCUUCCGCCAGGAAUUGAUUUCACGUUUCUGAGGGAAGUGUAAUUGGGCAGUUCUAUUGUUAUUGGAUCUCGAUCUGGUGUUUUUGUGCUUCUCGUGUUUCUGCGUUUGUUUCGUAAUUGAGCUGUUUUUGGUGAGGAGGGGAACAUGGGAAUAGUGUUUACGCGGCUUUUUUCGUCGUUGUUUGGGAACAAGGAAGCUCGGAUCCUGGUUCUAGGCCUUGACAAUGCCGGGAAAACCACAAUUCUUUACCGACUUCAGAUGGGUGAAGUAGUAUCCACCAUCCCAACGAUCGGGUUCAAUGUGGAGACCGUGCAGUAUAACAACAUAAAGUUUCAAGUGUGGGAUCUAGGUGGACAAACUAGUAUCAGGCCUUACUGGCGGUGCUAUUUUCCUAAUACUCAAGCCAUAAUAUAUGUUGUUGAUUCUAGCGACACAGACAGACUAGUUGUCGCCAAAGAAGAAUUUCAUUCAAUAUUGGAGGAGGAGGAGCUUAAAGGUGCCGUGGUCCUCAUAUUUGCAAACAAGCAGGAUCUUCCUGGGGCACUUGAUGAUGCUGCUAUAACCGAGUCCUUGGAGUUGCACAAGAUAAAGAACCGUCAAUGGGCCAUUUUUAAGACUUCUGCUAUUAAAGGAGAAGGUCUCUUCGAGGGCUUGGACUGGUUAAGCAAUACUCUUAAAUCCGGAGGCGGCUAAAUUUUUGGAUUCGGACAGCUUGGGACUGGUGCGAUCGACAAAAUCUUGCAAAUUAUCGGUAUGAUUUGUGUUGAGAUUCCUUUAGGAUGUCUUCUGAUACUCGAUAGAAUGUUUUGAGUUUUUCUAAGACAAGAAUAUCUAUUCGAUACCUUAUGUUUCCUGUAAUUGUUACGCAUGUCGUCGACUGAAUUUUAUUUUUUUGGGAGUUCAAAGAAAUAUAUAUAUCGAAUAUUUACUCUCGA